GCGCACCGAGCGCCGCUCAGAAGUCUGUAGAAGGUCAGCGACAAAAGAAGACCAUUGACAAGGACGGCCACGCACGAAGGAUUGCGGCCCCUGUCUCUGCUUUUGUCCCCCUGUUUGUCUCCUGCAGAGCGCUAGCACUCUAGAUCCGUAGCCCACUCGCGGAGUGGCCAGAAUUAUGAUGGAGGCACAAGACGCGAACCGUAGAAGGAAGCCUCGCCCUUCUGCCCUCGCUGAGGGUGAGCAUACAGCUGCAAUGAAGACGGCGUUCAAGACGCAGCGGAAUCAGCGGACAGUCGUGAGUGCCAGUAGCAAAAAGGCGACCACGGUAGUUCUAGCGGUGCAAAAGCAGACGAGUAGUUCUGUCCGGCGGCUGAAAGGAGAGAGGCGCGAUGACGAGGCGCAGACCGACAUGGACAUACAUCACCUCCUUAAGGCUUUUGCGGCGGCGUCACACGACGUGGCCAUGCAGACGUGCCAAGCACCGCAGACAGAGUAAGCAUCAGCUCUUUCUGUCUAUGUAUGUUUGUUUGUGUGAGGCUCAGUGUGUGUGUCUUGCACGGUGUGCAGAUGGGUGCAGGUGGAGGCGGUGAGGUUGGACCACCAGGCAGCAUCCACACGCAGGAGACACAGCCUGGGAGAGAUUAAACCAGGCAAGCACCGACCACACACCAACGCACACACAUCCGAUUCUGUGCCAUCAGCCCUGCCCCCCCAGCGCACCAUGGAGCUCUUUCUCCGAGAGCAGGCGCAGCGCUUCCAGCAGCAGAUCAAGACGAUGACAUCCAAGCUCCGCCAGGUUGAGGCACAGCUCGACACCCAGAAGGCCUCCCUCCUGAGACGGUCCAAAUCUAUGGGCCCGGGGGCAUCGAAGGCAUGGAACCCUCUUGAAGCUCUCGAACGCAUCUCUGCAAGGAAGCGGGAGGAGGGGGCGGAGGCUGAUGGUUGCCAGCCGGCGCUCGCAAGGACGGCUCGCUUUGGAAGGUCGCACACCGUCAACCUGGGCAACGCCGCGAUGCCGGGGAUGGAGACCUCAGGCAGGUGAGAAGAUAGACCCUUCCCCUCACAAUCGUUGUUGUCUGUGUGUCCAUUUACUGUGGCGCAUGUGCAGCGCUGAGAUGUCUGAGGCCGCCGACAGGCUUCAGCUGACACCGAAGGACCCCCAUGUGUUGAGGAAUCGGCGCAGCAGCGCCCCGCUGGUAGAUCGCGCGACUGCGAAGGGUGAUGCGGACAGAGACGUGCACCAGACGGCAGCCACACAAACAGCGUGGAAUGACCUGCCCGACAAGUAAAUCGCAGACAACAGAUGGCCUGACGCGUCUCAUCUCAUGCAUUUGUCGACGUGUCUCCCUCUCUCUUUGCAGAGCGGUGCAGGUGGAGCUAUCAAGACCUCUAGUGCAGGCCCGGCGUGUCCGGCGACGAGCGCAGCGGCCAGGCGCAUCGCCCCUCAGACUAUUGAGGAAUCGCAUCGUGGAGCAGCUACAGAAACAGGCGCGAUCGGGUCCAGUGGAAGACAUCCAACAGCUGGCAACACGAAGGCCAGAGCCGCAACCAGCCGGCGCAAAGAGGGUCGAGGCUUCGUUAGAGACAAGACGCGAGGCUCCCGCUGCACCUGAGGCUCCAUCCGCAUGCACCAUCCGUCCGACGAGCCUGCCACGGCCAAUGGGGCGACCACCGUCGCUGAUCAUGUCUCUGCCUCCCGCACCCCUCCCCCUCCCCCUCCUUUGCUGGAGAUGGCCGCUGUGGUCGACAGCCACGCCGUGAGGGCACACACAAUGCCCGAGGGGCCUGUGUCGGGGGCGGGGAGUGGUGGACCAGGUGUGUUGGAGCGUGUGGUCAAGAGGACUGAGCUGUGGUUCGACGAGAGGCUGGCGGCACACGAGGGAUUUGACCGUGGGUUUAACACCAUACUCGAUACGUACUUACAGGUUAGGUACCAGAUACAUCACACCACAGAGACGCACACACACGCACACGUGCUUCUUGCGUGUGCGUGCGUGUGCAGGAGCAUUCUCAGUGCCCCCUUGACCAGCUCUCCCACUCACAGCCACCCGUCUCACCACCAUCACCACCAACGAUAGAGAGCCGGCCUUCCGCUCCUCCGGGGCUGCUGGGCACAGGCCCCCCACUCCCGAGUGCCCCUCUGUUGAAGAGGGCUCCACAUGACGGCAAGCAGCCGAGACACAGCCUGGGGAGGGGGAGCGGGCCGCACAGACCGCCAGAGGAAGAGAAAGAGAGAGUGGAGGAAACCGCGUGUGAAGGGCCCACAGAGGUCAGCCAGUGGAUGGAUGAGUCACGAUGGUGCAGACUCACUCACUCACACACUCACUCACUACUUGCAUUGCUUCUCUGUGUACAGCUGUCAAGACACACCCUCGUGAUGCUGUCGCCGCGAAUGGGCCUUUCAUCGAAAGCAGUGCAGUGCAUCUCCCACCCCACCCUCCCACUUGCUCGCCCCGGUGUCACGCGCAAGAGGGCACCCAGCUUCAAGAGACAUUCGUGUGGAUGCAGCCCCCGCCUCUGCCUGUGACUCAGGCUGUGAGAGAGUGAGUGUCAUCAUUUUUCCCUCGUUUCUUGGCCCGUCUGUCUUUCAUGGUGCUCGGUCUUCUUGUCGAUGCUUGCAAUGCACGUGUAUGUGUAUUGGCUGGAGGGAGAAUCUGUGUGUCCAUGCAUGGCCAAACACCCACACGCUGUCCACACACGGUCAUCACGUCACGCACACUGCUUGCUGCGCUGGCUAGCCUUCUUGUAAAGGGACGAGCCAAAAACGUCAAAACGCC